AUGCGUUUCAAUGUAAGGCAUCCUCUCAUAAGUCCCAUUAUUAUCCUGAACAUAGAGUUUCACAUCUAUAUUUUAGGGAGGUUGUUUAGAAAGCAAUACAAUACUUGGUAUGUAAAUUGCAUUACUUUUAUUAUCAAAUAUAUAUAAAUUAUAAUAGAAACAAGUGCACCAAUUUCUAGAUAAAAUGCACAUAGCCACUUUUUAUAAUUUCUCAAUUAUAUUACAGUCCAUUCAGAUGAUAUCACACUAGCCAAUACAUAUCCGAAGAACACUCCAGAAGGCAUUCCUCCUUACAGGAUUGUUCACCAUACUUUUUUGUUAUCUUAUCCAAAUGUGUCCACCAAAGGAAAAUACACAACAACCAAAAGGAGCUUAAGCUGCACCAGUGAUGGAUCGACUUAAAUAAUAAGGCCAUGCGAUAGUCAAUACAAACAGACUCAAAACCAUAGUCAUAUACUGAUUUGAAUAUUUAAAAUAUAAAGGUAGCCACAAAUUCCAUCACACAAGUGCCUGCAUACACUUUCUUUAGAUUUUAAAUACAAACCUGG